AUGUCGAUCAACCAAGCACAUUAUCAAGGUGGUCUUUUGCUCUACCAAGGCGAACAAAUUGUUAAUCAUUCGAAGAAUGUGACAUUAGCAUUCGAUGAUGCUAGUCGUCAAUAUAGUGAAGUUUUCCGUGGUAAACAUAAGGGCAAGGUUUUCGUUACAACUCAUCGAAUGAUCUUCCUCAGCGAUGAUCAACGAGAUAAUUUACUCUCGUUUGCCGUGGCUUUUAUGUACAUGAAAAACUUACGUGUUGAACAACCGAUUUUUGGUGCUAAUUAUAUUUCUGGCAUUGCUGCAGCACAUCCGAACGGUGAGUGUGCUUGA